GGGCGGCGGACGAAGAUGGCGGAAGGCCAGGUGCUGGUGAUAGACGGGCGCGGCCACUUGCUGGGACGCCUGGCAGCUAUUGUGGCAAAGCAAGUGUUGCUGGGACGCAAGGUGGUCGUGGUGAGAUGCGAAGGAAUCAACAUCUCCGGCAACUUCUACCGGAAUAAACUGAAGUACCUGGCAUUCCUGAGGAAGCGGAUGAACACCAACCCCUCCAGGGGGCCUUACCAUUUCCGGGCCCCGAGCCGCAUCUUCUGGAGGACGGUGAGAGGGAUGUUGCCCCACAAGACCAAACGUGGCCAGGCGGCCCUGGAGAGGCUCAAGGUGUUCGACGGGAUCCCCCCGCCCUACGAUAAGAGGAAGCGCAUGGUGGUCCCUGCUGCCCUCAAGGUGCUCCGGCUGAAGCCCACCCGCAAGUUUGCUUUCCUGGGGCGCCUGGCCCAUGAGGUUGGCUGGAAGUACCAGGCGGUGACAGCCACGCUGGAGGAGAAGCGGAAGGAGAAGGCCAAACUGCACUACCGGCGCAAGAAGAAGCUGACGAGGCUGCGCAAACAGGCAGAGAAAAAUGUGGAGAGCAAGAUCAACAAGUACACAGAAGUGCUGAAACAGCAUGGGAUCUUGGUCUAACCCUCCCAAUAAAAGGCUCUUUGACAGA